UUCCAUGUGAUCGUCCUGUUCUCCUCUGCUUUAUGUCUUUCCUUUAACUUACUCUCUCUCUCUCUCUCUCUCUCUUAUAGAAAAUCAUCUUUCAAUCUGAUCUUGUGCUUUGUCCCUGGCUGCCGAGAUGAGCUAUGGAGUCUCUUCUUCCUCCCGUCGGUGGAAGUAUGACGUCUUCUUGAGUUUUUGCGGUCAGGACACUCGCACCAACUUCACCGAUUUCCUUUUUAACUGGUUGGUCCGAGAUGGGAUUCACACCUUUAGAGACACCGAAGGGCUAAACAGAGGAGAGGAUAUCUCUACAGAACUGAUGGAAGCAAUCCAAGGUUGUAGGAUUGCCAUUAUCAUCUUCUCUAAGAAUUAUGCUUCUUCCACCUGGUGCCUAAGUGAGCUAGCAAAGAUCCUCGAUUGCAAAAAAGAUGGCCAAAUAGAAAAGGUUCUCCCUGUUUUCCUUAAGGUGGAUCCAUCGGAUGUUAGGCAUCAACGUAACACUUAUGAGGAGGCAUUUAAGAAACACAAAGAGCGUUUCAAGGAUGAGAUGGGGAAGGUGGAGAAGUGGAAGGAAGCUCUCACAAAAGCUGCAAAUUUAUCAGGGUGGGAUCAAAUAAAAGUUGCAAAUGGGCAUGAGGCAGAGCUUACAAAGAAAAUUGUGGAAGAAGUGUUGAGAACAGUGAACAAGACACGUUUGCAUGUUGCAGAGCAUCCAAUUGGGUUAGAUUCCCACAUUGAGCGCAUAUGUUGUUUGCUAAAAGAUGGAUCAGAUGAUGUUUGCAUUAUAGGGAUAUAUGGUUCUGGGGGAAUAGGUAAGACAACUAUAGCGAAGGCCGUUUUUAAUGAGAUGAGUAAAAAAUUUGAAGGUAGCAAGUUUCUUGCAAAUGUCAGGGAGAUUUCAAGCCAACAAAACGGUUUAGCUCGCUUACAAAAAAUGCUUCUAUCUGGUGUCUUGAAUAGAAAAGAAAUAGAGAUAGACAUAGACAAUGAGGACGAGGGAAUCAUAAUUAUUAAGGAACGUCUAUGUUUUAAAAGAGUUAUCAUUGUUCUUGAUGAUGUUGAAGAAACGGAACAAUUCUAUAAAUUGGUUGCAGGGCGUGACUCGUUUGGCCCAGGAAGUCGAAUCAUCAUAACAACUAGAGAUAAACAUUUGUUAACUGGGCUGGAUGUGGAUGACAAAUAUAAAUAUAGAGUUGAGACGAUGAAUCAAAAUGACUCCCUUCAACUUUUCAGUCGCCAUGCCUUCCGACAAAAUCAUCCAUUAGAAGAUUUUGUGCAACUCUCUAAUGAUGUAAUAGAUUAUGCAGGGGGGCUUCCAUUAGCCCUUGUGAUUUUGGGUUCUCUUCUAUACAAAAGAAGCCAGGAUGAGUGGGAAAGGGAAUUGAAGAAAUUAAGAAAGAUACCCAAUGGUCGGAUUUUAGAAAAACUUGAAAUAAGUUACAAUGCGUUAGAUGAUUCCGACCAGACCAUUUUCCUUGAUAUAUCAUGUUUUUUUACCGGAGAGGACAAAGACAUUGUAAUUACAUUUUUAGAUGCUUGUGGCCUGGGCGGAGAAGCUGGAAUUAAACUUCUCACAGAGAGGUCUUUAGUGACGAUUGAUGGAGAUAACAUGCUAUGUAUGCAUGAUCUCAUUCGAGACUUGGGAAGGGAGAUUGUUCGCAGACAAUCUCCUCGGAAGUGUGGAGAACGUAGUAGAUUGUGGGACUAUGAAGAAGCACUUGAUGUAUUUAUAAACCGCACUCAGGGUACUGAAGCAGUUGAAGGCCUUCAAUUAGACUUGCGUCGAUAUAAUAUGGAAGAGUUUGGCUUGUUAACCACUGAAGGGUUUUCUAAAAUGCAUAAUCUAAGAUUACUCAAAGUCAAUGCUCCAGGAUCCAGCAGCAAAGCUAUAUAUUGGGAACAUUCUCUUCAAGAGCGGGUUUAUCGUUUCAGAAAAUUAGUUUGGGUUAGAUGGAAAGGAUUCCCCUUUGAGUAUAUACCAAAUAAUUUUUUUCUGGGGAACCUUGUUAUUCUUGACAUGCAAUAUAGCAAACUUAAAGAAGUUUGGAAGGGAACCAAGGGGUCCCAAAUCUGGAGAAACUAAUUCUCAAGAGUUGUGAAAGUUUGGUUGAAAUCCAUGAAAGUAUUGAUCGUCUUAAGAACCUAAUCAUUCUUGACAUGCAACAGAUGACACUCAAAGAAGUUUGGACAGGAACCAAG